AUGCAUGCAGCUGUCGGGAUCUUGACAGCUAGAGGCGACAUGACUUCCCAUACAACCAUUGUUGCCCGUGGCUGGGGAAAAUGCUGUGUUUCGGGUUGUUCCGAAAUACGCGUGAACGACUCGGAGAAGAUGGUCUUGAUUGGGGACAAAGUGGUGAAUGAAGGAGAUUGGAUUUCUCUAAAUGGCUCGACUAGUGAAGUGAUCUUGAGAAAACAAGCACUUUCUCCUCCGGCUUUGACCGGGGAUGUGGAGAUUUUCAUGUUGUGGGCUUAUGAGCUUAGGCGACUUAAGGUUAUGGCAAAUGUUGAUACACCAGAAGAUGCUCUCACUACAUGGAAUAAUGGAGCUGAAGGGAUUGGUCUGCCUGUAACAAUCAGACUUUUGGACCCUCCACUUCACGAAUUCCUUCCGGAAGGCGAUAUAGAGCAGAUUGUUGGGGAACUAACGGUCGAUACUGGCAUGAGUCAAGAAGAAAUUUACUCCCGGAUUGAAAAAUUGUCUGAGGUGAACCCCAUGCUCGGUUUUCGGGGAUGCAGGCUCGGGAUAUCGUACCCCAAGCUUUCGAAAAUGCAGGUUCGCGCAAUAUUUCAAGCGGCCAUCUCUUUGAGCAACCAAGGUGCCAAAGUCCACCAGGAGAUUAUGGAACUGAGUCAUCAGGUGAGUUUGAUUCGUGGGGUUGCAGAAAAAGUGUUCUCCGAGAUGGGCUCCUCUGUGAGCUACAAAGUGGGCACAAUGAUCGAGAUCCCUAGAGCCGCUCUUGUGGCAGACGAGAUUGCCAAGGAAGCAGAAUUCUACUCGUUCGGGACGAACGACCUCACGCAAAUGACGUUUGGAUACCGUAGAGACGACGUUGGCAAAUUUCUGCCGAUUUACUUAUCUAAGGGCAUCCUCCAGCAUGAUCCAUUUGUGAAAGGCGUGGGUCAGCUGAUUAUGAUGACAACCGAAAGAGGACGUGCAACUAGACCGAGCCUAAAGGAUGAAACGAAAUCACGAUCGAACAUUGGCAGCAUUCGUCUGGUGUGUUACCACUAUUCACUAUUUAUUCAUUAUCUGCCAGUUCUGUUUUAA